AUGGGAACCAAAAAACCGCAUAGUAAAUACAAACCACGUAAACGCAGUAAACGCUCGAAAGUGCUUAGAAGAAUCCAUGAACGGAAACGCGAGGGCGAGGAUGUAAACACUACUAACAAUAGUUCAAAUCUCUCCGAAGAAACUAGCGAGGAAAUUUUUGAUCGUCUUGUGGCAUCCAGGUCGGUUCAAAACGCUCCAAUCACACCAUUGAAUUGCCAAACAACCUCUGUCGACGAAGACAUGGAUAUAGACACAUCUAGUCGUAGCGGGGAUGACGGCAGUACAUGUGAUGAUUUAGCAGAACUUUUAGUUGAGCGCGUGCCAUUUGAGCAGCUUGAAGAGGCGAACGUUGUCUCAGGCAGAAGGCUAGUGGACAUCAACCAUAUUUUGUUUCAACUCGAAAUAGUGGCCAAUCAUGGAAAACAUUGCACAAUGGGUAGAUAUAGACUGGAUCGUGAGAUUGUUAAUGGCCUUUUUUCAAAGUUUGUUUACCAUUGUGAUAACUGUGAUAAAGAAUUUACAGUUACCAGUGAACCUGAUACCAAUAAAAAUGAGGCAAACGAUGCUCUUGUUUGGGGAUCUCUAUCGGUAGGCAUAGGCCACUCUCAAGCAACCGAAUUAUUGAGUAUAUUAGAUGUACCUGCAAUGUCGGCGAAGAAAUUUAGGGCUCAUGAAAAUAAAAUUGGAAAGGUUUGGGAAGAGGAAAUGAUCAAAAAAAUGAAAGAAAACGCUGAGCAGGAAAAGCAAAUCGCUAUAGAAAAGGGAAACUAUUUAAAUGGUGUACCGUUCAUUACUGUGAUUGGUGAUGGCGGCAUGGAGAGCAAUGUAAUUGUAGAGGCAUUUAGACAAAGUGAGGCUGAAUAUGGUUUGGUGUAUAAACAUUAUAUCGGAGACGGCGAUAGCAGUGUAUUUGCCAGGAUACAAGAGAAGUGUAGAUAUGGGCGAUUUGUAACGAAAGUGGAAUGUGCCAAUCACAUGACAAGAUGUCUAAGUGACGGUCUUCAUAAAUUAUGUACAAACACGAAAUUCCCUCUGGAAUCGCGGAAGAUUUUAACCUCGGUUCCUGAAGGGAAAACAAUCACUCGCCUGGAGCGAUUAGUGAAAGGGGUCAGAGCGGCAAUCAAACAUGCUGGCCCCACGAGAAGUUUGCAGGACAUCGCCUUAUUAAGGCAAGAUUUGAAGAAUGCUCCGAACCAUGUGUUUGGAGAUCAUAGUGUCUGCAGACAAACAUAUUGUGUUAAUCAGUCAGAUGAAGAGGAAAACAUGUUAAAUAAACUAGACCCUGACUUUAUUACAGAAAUAAGGAAGCUGGUCGACAAACUUGAAAGAAAAGCAGAGACCUUAGUACUGAAUGAAACGACCAAUGCUGCGGAACGAUAUAUGGGGUUGGUCUCUAAGUUUAUCGGAGGCAAAAGGAUUAAUUUCACCGCGAGAGGCUCAUACAAGCGCAGGUGUUUUGCCGCUGGCCUUAGCCAUACUAAAGGACCCAGUUGGCAUCUCAGUCCCUGGAAGAGGUUUCAAGGCCGAAGCCCGGGUGGGAAUUUCAAGAGGAAGAUCCUAGCUAGAGAACGCACACGUGCCAGAAGGGCAUUAAGGUACUCAGUUGAGAAGCCAAAAAAAAGGAAAUCAUCCCAAAUGAACUCCUAUGAUAAGAACUACGGACCGAGUGCUACGGAACCAGAUGUGUCUGAAGAGGAACUAGAGAUAAAAAAGAAAAGUGUUCUAGAACUGCUGGAGCUGGAUGCUAGAGAAAGUGAAAAACUUGAGCAGGAUACAAUUGGACAACACAACAACAGCCUUUGGGAGGAAAAAAGAAAAAAUAGGUUAACUGCUUCGAAAUUUGGGCAAAUCGUAAAACGGAAAGACCAUACACCGUGCCACAACCUGGUCAAGAACCUGCUAUAUCCCAAAAACCUGAACAGUGCAGCAGUUGUUUUUGGAAGACUCCAUGAAAAAGAAGCCAUAUCUAAAUACGAGGAAGAGCACAAUGUUGUUGUCAAAGAAUGCGGCCUAUUUAUUGAUAACGCAUAUCCAUUUUUGGGCGCUUCGCCGGACGGAUUAGUUGGCGACGAAGGACUCGUUGAGGUGAAAUGUUUACCUUCAGUGAAGGCUCCUUUGGUAGAAUGUGUAAAAGAAAAGAAAACCCUCUGCUUAGAAAUAAACAAGGAGGAAAUAAUUAGUCUUAAGAAAAGGCACAAUUAUUUUUUUCAAAUUCAGGGACAGCUAAAUGUGACUGGGAGGAAGUGGUGUGAUCUGAUUGUGUAUACGGCGAUUAAACAAUUGUUUAUCGAAAGGAUCUAUAUUGAUAGUGAGUUAUGGCGUCAAGUAAUGCUUCCUAAACUGAAAAGAUUUUACAUGGACUGCAUGUUGCCUGAAAUUGCGGACAGCAGAAUUGCAAGGGAAAUGAGAGUUAGAGACCCUGACUACAUAAUCAUGGCCCAGGAAAAACGAAAAAAAGUUAAUUAGGCCUUCAAGUUUGUGACUUUUUUAAAGUUUUCAUUAUAAAAAAUAUCACCAAUCUUAAUGUUUAUUUUUGAUGAAAUACAUUUCCCUUGUGAAUUCUAAAUUUACUAUAUUUUAUUGUAAACCUUAAUCAAACAUUAGCAAAUACAGUAGUUUAUUCUGGGUUUAACUCAUUGGUUUUGUUUAACAUCAAUGAAAAAAUAUUUACUGCUUUCACUACUGCAUUCACUUACAAUGUUUAG